ACUUUUGGCCAUACAUUAAAUACAUAAUGAAUUGUCGUUAUGCUUAUUUGUCAACUCACCAUUUGAAACAUUUAGUGAUUCUAUCUAAGUAUUUGAUAAAAUUAUAGAAUAAUAUCGAAUCUGGCAACAGAAGUUACAUAAAACUUUAUGAACUGUAAGAAUCUGCUUUUCUGGAAGAUGGGACUAAAAAUUAAUAUUCCGUGCUUUAAAAAUAUCACUGUUCGUGCUCCUCGAUCUUCAUUCCCCUGGUGUAAAGACCAAUAUGGAGGAAAAAGAACCUCCGCCCAUUCGGCAGACAAUAAUAUUGACCGUGAUUAUCAAAACCACGUUGCAGAUGAACUUAUAGAAUGUAAAAAAGAAAACAGUCAAUCUCUCGUAAUCGAUGGACAUGACAACAAAAACGGCCCUCCUGAAAAUAUGAAUUCAAGUUACUGUUGUGAAAAUAUAUGUCCGACAAUGAAUGAUGAAACAGAUCAGUCAAAAACCGGAAAAACUGCUGAUUUAAUAGCGCUUUUCGAAAUGUUAGGAAGUCAGUAUGGCAAGCUAUAUCUAGAAAAUUCUGACCUUUUGAAACACCAUUACCAAAGCAAACAAGCAGAAGUUCAACCAAAUGAUAACGACGAUGAUUGUGACAAUAAUGAUAAUCAUAAAGAUACUGGGAAUAAACAAAAACUAAUCACUGAGUCACCGUCUACAGAAGUUGAUUAUUUAGAUAAUUCAGAUGAAGCUACUUUAAGAUUAAAGGAUUCCUUUAGGACCUAUGAAGAACGUCAGAAAUACAAAUCUAUCAUUCAGGAUGCUCCAUUGUAUCAAAUAUAUACAGAGAAGGCUUCAAUCAGUGAAUCAAUACGUGAUGCACGAAGACUUUUAGCUCUCGUUCAACCUGGCUCUUUGGAUAAUCCAUCAAAUAAUUUAAAAUUUGAUGAUGAAUUAUUUACUGCAAUAGAUGGUGAUGAAUCCGAUCCAAAUAAUCAGUAUUCACAAAAAGUACCUGGUAAUUUGAUAGAUAGUCAGCAAUCAUCGAUUCGUAUGAAAAAUUCCGAGCGAAGAGAUUUGCCAUUUCAUCCACAGAAUAGCGGCUCUUCCUCAUUCAGAUCAAGGGAUAGUGACUCACUGAAAACCUCUUCAGUUAAGCGGGCUCAUUCAAAUUCUAAUGCUAGUGAAAGAAGUAGAAACCAAAAUUUUAUUUCUAAGCCGCGAAGACAGACACAAGAAGUUCAGAAUUUCGUGAAUGAAGUUGCUGGAAAUGGACCUAAUCGUGUACAGUGGUCUGAAAUGCCUCAAGUGAUCAGCGCAGGUUUGGCCAGGGACCUACCUGAUUAUCAAAAGAAGUUGCAAGAGGCACUGUUUGAAGUUAUAACUUCAGAAGCGUCUUACUAUCGAACCCUGCAUAUUUUAAUAGAAAAGUUUUAUAAAGCUCAGUGUAUGCAGCCAGAUUCUAAAACGUCUGUUAUAACAGCUAUUGAGAAGCGACACUUAUUUUCAAAUAUAUCGGAAAUAUUUUUCACUAGUGAAACAUUUCUUCGAGAUAUGGAAUUAUAUUUUAUUCAAAAUCCACUGAUACCUCAAUUGUGUGAAAUUAUAUAUGAACAUACUGAGAAUCAUUUUGAAAACUAUGUAAAAUAUGUACAAAAUCAAAUGUACCAAUUAAGAACACUAACGAAAUUAUUAUCUUCUCCUGCUUUUGUAGAAGCUGUUCGCUCAAUACAGCAACAACCAAGCUGUGGAUUCCUAGAUCUUAAUUCCUUCCUAUUACUUCCAAUGCAACGUGUUACACGUCUACGUCUUUUAUUGACUGCUAUCUUACAUUAUGCUCCUAAAAACGGUGUUACGUAUCAAAGUGGUUUGGUAGCCCUUGCUUCUAUAGAAAAACUUAUAAGUAAAUGUGAUUCAGAAAAAGCUCGUAUGGAACAAAAAGAACGUCUUGUAGAAAUUUGUAGAAGAUUAGAAUAUAAAUAUGAUGCAAAGUCUUUGGCUACGGAAAGUCGGACGCUUGUAAAAGAAGGUGAUCUACGUCUUUUAACAAUGACCAAUGUACAGGGUAGCGGAUUCCACCGUCGUUUCAGCAGUAUUCGUAAACCCAAAGCAGCAAUAGCAACUCUAUUUCUAUUUAGUGAUUACUUAUUAAUUACCAAAAAGCGAAGUAAUCAGCAUUUGUUGGUUGAAGAUAGUUGUUCGUUGAACUAUAUUCACGUGGAGGCCCGAAAUGCCUUACCGAAUUGUUUCAUACAUCAUUUCUGCCGAUCUGGGGAUCCCAAAUUAAGUGCACAAUUAGGACAUGUGACUUAUGUAAAAACGUUGAGUCUUCCUAAGCAAACUGCUACUGAAAAAGGCAACGUAAAUAAUCAAAAACCACGAAAAUUUUCUACAGGUACAAAUAAUGCAGAUGUUGGGCUCAAUGUAUUUUCGUUUCUUCUAGUAAUAGAAGGCCCUGAUCAUCCACGUGUUCAGUACGUGUUCCAAGCAGAAACACUGAAUCUUCAUCGACUUUUGAAUUCCAAGGUCAUCGUAAUGCAUCCGAACAACUUAGUAAACUAUUGUGGGUUGAAGUAUAUUAAAGCUUCAGGUCAAAAUGACGCACUGCUAUUGUGACAGGGAUCGAUAAAUUAGUCUUACGAAUACGUGUGCAGUUUCAGUACACAGCAUUACAUAUUACACAAACAUGCUGAGAAUAUCUUAUAUCUUAUACUAACAAUAUAAUUUAGUUUCGUUUCAAGCUAUUCACCUUUUAUCAAGGAAAUCAGCUUAUAAUUUGGUUAACAGGCCCUGAAAACAUGUAGAACAAUCCUCUUUCCAAUUUAUCAUCAUCAUCACCAUCAUAAGCAUAACUAAUGGAUAGUUACUUUAGUGUACUAUAUACUAUGUUCUCAGAAAUUACUACAUUGAUAUGUUGAUGGAUAUUAGGAUAGUAAUAACCGCAACAAUUAAUCCAUAGUGUAAUAAAUAGGAAACAAUGAAAUGAAAUUAUAAAACAUAACUACUUUCAAAUGUUAAUUAUUUCGUUGUUCGUUUGAACAAUUUCUUAUCUGUAUCCAAUAAUUACGUGUGAUGAAAAUCUUUUACUCAUAUUCAAAUGGCAAACAUAUCCAAAUAGAUCAGCAAGAUUUAAUCUUCUUCAGUAACAGAAAUGAAAUCUUUUUUUCCUAACCAUUACUCAUAAAACUUCUUAAUUUUUGUCGUUUUCAGUAUAAUGGACAGUAACUAUCUUUUGAAAUUGUUAUUUCCUAAUAAUCUCAUUUCUUUCCAAACUUCUGGUUCGACUAGCAAUUUAUUCGAUAUCAGUUUAAACAGCAUCGUCUACGGGACUCAUCAUUUAAUACUAGAACACUGUGAAAUAUAUUUCUUAGUUUCAAGACUUUAAAACAAAGUGUGAAAUCUAGAACCAAAAUUUACCCCAUAAGAAUAUUUUGUGAUAUCCAUACAUAGUGAUGAGAGUAGAUGAAUACAAAUAAGUUGGGUCUAAAUGGGUUGUUUCAUAACCAUAGCUAAAUUUGUAUUUCUACAACGGGCCCGUCCAAUUUUAAAAGGCCACCGUAACAAAUGAUCUUACUACCUGCGUGCAUGAAUUUUCUGUUUUCACUCAUUAUAACAUAAUCAGUUUCCACCUUCUGAAUUUCCAAGUUAACAUGUUCGGAUAAUCAACGACAAAAAUAUGUUUUUCAAUACAGUAGUCUGUUAAUUAUCCAUAAAACAUUCAUUUAGAAAGGUUUAUGUGAAUAAAAAAGCACAUGGCUAAAUGUUUCACCAUAAAUCUUUUACGUUUUCUAAGAUAAAUUCCUUUCUCUUAUUCAGAAGAAAGUGCAAUAAUCCACCUUUAUUCCAAAUGGUUUAUUUAAAUUAUGUAUGUAAUGUUUUAAUAUAUUUUCGGAAUGACAAUAAUAUUAUGCUCUUUAAUCUGGAUUUUAGCCGAAAACCUCUCAUUAUUUCCCUAGACAACAUCAUCAGUAUAAAUUCUGUUCUAUAUAAACUAUCUUGAAGAAUUAAACUUGUUAUUCUUUUAGAACAUGUGACAAGAUGAAGUAACUUCUAUUAUUUUUCUUUGUUUAUCAUUUUGUGAUUUUUACUCAGUUCGAAAAGAGAACGAUGGUUGGA